GGACCUGAACUAAAGACCUUGGAAGCACCUGAGGGUGAGAUGGGUGAGGCGCCCAGGGAUGCUGAACUCAGGGACAGAGUUGGGGACAGUGAGAUCAGAGAUAUCAGAGCCAGGACGAGACAGGGAAAGUUCAAAUCACAGUGUCCAGAAGGGCGCUAUGUCUACAGGCGGCUCCUUGGGUGUCUUUUUUCUCAUCACAGAUCAGCCUUAAACUUGCUCCAUGCAGGACUCACUGCGCACAGUCAUAAUACAUCACCCCCUUUCAACUGCUUCAUUGCAGGUGUCCCUCCCAAAACCCAAGCUCCAGGCUCAUCCAGGCUCUGUAAUACCCUCGGGGAUUCCUGUGACCCUCUGGUGUGAGGGGACCCCAGAGGCCCAGCUAUACCAUCUGUACAGAGAGGACAGUCCAGAAUUCUCAGACAUACAGAUGUCACCUGAGCCAGGGAACAAGGCCAAGUUCUCCAUCCCAUACAUGAUAGAAGAUGACGCAGGGCGAUACCACUGUUACCAUCGCAGCCCUGCUGGCUGGUCUGAGCCCAGUGAUGCCCUGGAGGGGGUGGUGACAGGAGUCUACAGCAAGCCCAGCCUCUCAGCCCUUCCCAGCCCUCUGGUGACCUCAGGGGAGAAUGUGACCUUGCAGUGUGGCUCAUGGGAGGGAUUUGACAGGUUCUUUAUGACUAAGGAAGGAGAAGACAAUCUCUACUGGACACUGGGCUCACAACCAGGGGUGUGGUCAGAGCCCAGUGAUGCCGUGGAGCUCCUGGUCUCAGAAAGAGAGGCCUCCCUUCCUUUCAUCCUGUCAGGGCAGCUCCUGGACACCAAGGACAGACAGGAAGGGAAGGACAGGCAGAUGAACACUCAGAUUUCUUCCUAUGAGGAUUCCCAAGAUGUGACCUAUGCCCAGCUGUGCAGCUGGACACUCAGACAGGGGACAGCUGCAAUUCCUUUCUCCUAGCACAGGGCCCUCCCAGCGGAGCCCAGUGCGUAUGCUGCCCUGGCAUCCACAUGCCUAAGAGAUGUCCCAAAGGACACUAAGUGAUACCUCAGCCAGGGACGCCGAACAGAGACUUCCAGAGAUUCUGGGAUCUUCUGAGACUCAGCUGACCCUGCAGUCAGAGAGAGCUCAUAUCUUUGUGUGUUAGAAAUAAAAGUAGAGAUUCUUUAAUAACCACUGUGUGGGUAAGAAAUUAAACCAUGGGAGAGGAUGUGUGAAAUGAAUUAUAUGGAUGACAGCAUGACACUACACAGAUAGGAAAUGAGAAAAUUAAGAACCAUUGAUAAAUGCACUGUAUAACACUGUAAAAAAUCAUUGAACCAAAAUAUAUCAAAAAUUUAGAGAUAGUAUAUGAAAUACCUCUAAAUAAGGUAAAAGAAAAUAAUAAUGGCUAUUAAUGAUGACUUAAAUAGAGGAGACACACAUUUUAACAUUAGAAAAUAGCAGACAUCAGGACAGACACCACAUGUUUUAUAGUGAUAAUAGUAGGAUAUUAUGAAUAAUUUUAUGCCAACCUGUCAAAUUUCUGGAUGAAACAGAUGAAACCUGUAAGACACAAUUGAUUUAGUGGAAAUGAAGACAAACAGAAAUCUGAAUCAUCUCAUGCAUGUUGAGUAUAUUAGCCCUGUAAUAAAAACAAUUCUC